CAUCUCACAAAUUCUGAUCAAUUCUCAUGCUAUCAACACUGCACAGAGGAAACAUCUGGGCUUUUGUUGGAGAAAAACACACAAGCUUUCCAGGAGACAGACUCUGAAAGACUGGACUGAGAUAAUUCUGCUUUGUUUUAUCUUUUGGAUCUGUUGGCUUGCAGAGUGCUAGGGAGGACCGUUUCUAUCCUGAGAUUCAGGCAUCAACGCUAUUUGAACCUGGCUGGCUGCUCAUAGUAUUCCUCAAGUCUCGGUCUGCAUCUUACACCUCCACUUUUUGACCCUCCAUCAAGACCAAUGUACAGCAGUGGAUACUCCCAUGUCUCUAAGUACAGCCAGGAGGCCAGAAAGAAGAUGAAGCACCGCUCAAAAGGAAAGAGCUGCGGCUACUACAUGCGCAUCGUCUUCUUCUUCUCUUCGCUCAUCCAGUCUCUGAUCAUAGUUAGCCUUGUGCUCUUUCUGAUCUACGGGAAGGAUCAAGACUCAGCAUCAACGUCACGCAUCCACCACCUGGAGGAGAGCUUCAGCAGUCUCUCCAUUGAGAAUGUGGCUCUGAAGCAGCAGAGGAAGAACCUGACCACCUUUCUCAAUGCCACCCUGAUUGAAAAGGCCCGCAACGACUGGGACCUUGCCAAACUGCGAGAAUACACCAACGUCUCAGUAAUCCUUAUCCAAGAUAUGCAAAAGAGGCUGAUGUCAUGCAAUGGAGAAUUGAUGACUUGUAAGAUGCGGUCUACCACAUUCCAACCACAGCCUUGUUUUGAUUGUAACUGUGGGCCACUGAUGGAACAGAUGAGAGCCAAGCUUCAGCUUGAGCAGGCCAACUUCACUCAAACAGUACAGAGGAUGAGGAUGGACAUGGAACAGACUGCCAAAGACAGAGACAAAAUUACCUUGGAAGCCAUCCAUCUGAGGAGAGAAAUAUCAACACAUGAAAAGGAGGUGGAGCAUUUCAGACAGAAAUGCAAAGAUGACUUUAUCCAGUCCCUGAGUGGUGUCUCCAGUGUCUCCAGCGCUUUCCUACAGAAGAUCAACUCCCUCUUCCCCUCGCACAUUGCCUUCCAGCUCACCUGUCCCAAACAGAGAGAACACCUGGAGCAAAUCCGCACCAAUUGCUCCAGCCUGUCCAGAGAGGUGGAGGACAGGUUCCAGCGUUACCUGAACAGCGUGGGAGACCAGGUGUCAAGCAUCCAGGCCGAAAGCAGCCGCAUGAAGGCAGAGAACUGGAGACUGUCUGAUGACUAUCGCUGGUGCAGCCAGAACCGUACAAGCCUGAUCCAACAGAACAAAAAUAACCAAGACAAGCUUCAGCUGAAACAUGAUCAGGAGAAGGAGAAACUUCUGAUGGACAAGAUGACGCUAAAUGGAAAGAUUGAACUCCUGGAACACGAUGCCAACUAUAAAAGUAAAUCGGUUCAGCACCUUUUAGAGAAAAUCAAGGUGCUCAACAUGUCCUGCAUGUUCAAGCAAGGGUUCCCCACAUUUCCAGCAGGCACACACCAAGGUCGAAUUUCAAAUCCAUUUGGGAUGGGUUCCCCCUCUCAAUUUGAUAAGCCAGGGUCAGGGUCCAGUUCAAGCUUUGGUUCAUCUGGGUCAGCAUUCAACAAGCCAGUAUCAACUGGGUCAGGCUAUUCCCUCUUAGGGUCAGGUAGCUCCACUGGGUUUGGAUCCAAUAAGCCUGCAUCAACUGGGUUAGGUUCUUCUAGCUCAUCUGGUUCGUCCCUUUUUGGGUCAGGUAGCUCCACUGGGUUUGGAUCCAAUAAGCCUGCAUCAACUGGGUUAGGUUCUUCUAGCUCAUCUGGUUCGUCCCUUUUUGGGUCAGGUAGCUCCACUGGGUUAGGGUCCAAUAAGCCUGCAUCAACUGGGUUAGGUUCUUCUAGCUCAUCUGGUUCGUCCCUUUUUGGAUCAGGUAGCUCCACUGGGUUAGGGUCCAAUAAGCCUGCAUCUACUGGGUCAGGCUCUUCUAGCUCUUCUGGUUCGUCCCUUUUUGGGUCAGGUAGCUCCACCGGGUUAGGAUCCAAUAAGCCUGCAUCAACUGGGUCAGGCUCUUCUAGCUCAUCUGGUUCUUCCCUCUUUGGGUCAGGUAGCUCCACCGGGUUAGGAUCCAAUAAGCCUGCAUCAACUGGGUCAGGCUCUUCUAGCUCUUCUGGUUCUUCCCUCUUUGGGUCAGGUAGCUCCACCGGGUUAGGAUCCAAUAAGCCUGCAUCAACUGGGUCAGGCUCUUCUAGCUCAUCUGGUUCUUCCCUCUUUGGGUCAGGUAGCUCCACCGGGUUUGGAUCCAAUAAGCCUGCAUCAACUGGGUCAGGCUCUUCUAGCUCUUCUGGUUCUUCCCUCUUUGGGUUAGGAUCCAAUAAGCCUGCAUCAACUGGGUCAGGCUCUUCUAGCUCUUCUGGUUCUUCCCUCUUUGGGUCAGGAUCCAAUAAGCCUGCAUCAACUGGGUCAGGCUCUCCUAGCUCAUCUGGUUCUUCCCUUUUUGGGUCAAGCAGCUCCACUGGGUCAGGAUCAAGUAAGCCUGCAUCAACAAGUAAAGGUAGCUCAUCCAGCUCUGGCACAGGUUGGUUUGGGUUUGGAGGCAGUAGCUCAGGACAAAGUAAGACAGGAAGUGGAACAGGGAAAGAAACAUCAAGUGGAAGUGGUUCAUCAUUCGGAUCAGGAAGAACUAGUAGUUUUGGAGGUGGCUCAGUCAAUGUUGCUCAACACCUUAGGGACCUGCAACACCUCAUCAACCCUUCCGCCUCUGAGGAGAAACAAGAUCUCUCCAGGAUGUUGGGUUAGUCAUCUGGAUGAGAAAAAACAAACCAUGAAGGAGUUUUAUAUGCUGCAUUUUUAACACACAUCUAAAUGAACGCUCCUCAUAUUGUGUUAACAUAUUGUAUCAGAUGAGAUGCUAUAAACUGUGACAGCUUAUACUCCAGUCAGCAUUUAGUAAUUUGAAUUACUUAAGCACUUUUGAAUGUAAAAUGUGAAUUUUGUGUAAGGAUUUGUUUUUUUAUGCAACUUUGUAUGAAUAUGCACACAUUGUAUUUUUUCAUUGUUGAUACAUUGAAAUUAAAGGCUUUGAUAGGACUGAA